AUGAAAGUUAUAUUAGCCUUUUUGUUUGUAGCAGCGGCUACAGCUGCUCCGGAUGAGGAUGUAAUCGGUUUUCCUGACGGUUUUCCGAGAGUGGUUGGCGGCCACACCGCGGACCCACAUCAAUUCCCGUGGCAAGUGUCCUUGCAGAUGUUUGGCAGCAUCAUAUACAACUCCAAAUGGGUGAUAACCGCAGGACAUUGCAUCAUGGGUAUAAAUGGAUUUGAGGCGGUAGCAGGAAAACAUGAUCUGUCCAAGACCGAGUCGACUGAACAACGUUCUGCCUUCAAGAGAACCUUUGUGCACAAAUCAUACGGAGGAAGCGUUGGUCCUUAUGAUAUUGCAGUGAUUGAAGUGGAUCCACCAUUUAAAUUUAAUGAAGCCGUGCAGGCUGUGAAAUUGCCAUUGAGAGAUGAACCUCACUCAGGGCAGGUUACAUUAUCCGGUUGGGGUUCUACAUCGUCUACUAGUUUCCCAUCACAGCAAGAU